CUCAACACCUUGAACAAGCAGAUGAAAAUCAAGAUAGUCUAGUUAAAUCUAUUACUCCACCAGAGGAUGCUGAUCCUUUAUUAACAUCAAAUCAAGUGGAUAUUGUUCCAGAAGAAGAUUAUAAACUUGGACGUGUCAUUUCCAAUUCUAAUAAAUCUGUAUCAUCUGCUGUUUUGGCCAACCGAAGGAAUGAUCUUGAAGCUAACAUGAAACAUGAUUAUGAGUAUACAACAUGGGAAUUAGUUCAAAAAAUUGGAAGAAUGAGUCGUCAAGAAAUAUCUGUUCUUUUCAUUG